AUGACAUCCUCCAAAUCAAAUUCGCUGAAGAAUAUCCUUACUAUUGUUAAACCAGAUAAAUUUAUAUAUAUUAUUGAUUACUAUCUAUGUAAUAUUAUUCAUAAUCCAUUAAUUUCUUCAGGAUUUAUACUAUUUUCAUAUGGAUAUUAUAUUUUAACCACAUCGUCAUUAUUUGAAGAUUCAUUAACUUAUGAUAUUGUUUAUUCAGAUAUAUUAUCAAAUUUAAUUAAUAUCAUUGCUAUAUGUCGAUUUCUAUUCAAUUUAAAAUUUAAUAAUUCCUUUGGUGAAGGAUUAUUUUUCAUAUUUCAAACAAUUGGAAGUUUUUAUAUAUUUCUUGAUAAUGAUUAUGAUAAUGGUGAUGAUGAAACUUCAAUAUUUUUGAAAGUUUGUGUUUAUUGUCAAAUUAUAUUACCAUCUAUUAUAAUAUUAAUAUCUUAUUAUAUUAAUGAUUUUACAAUUCAAGAAAGUAUUACUUUAGGAAAUAAUAAUUUUAUCCCUUUUUUAUUAAGUUAUUCAAUAAAAUUAAUGAAUAAUCAAUUAUGGUUUAAUUCAACUAUUCAAGAAUUUAUAUAUUCAAUUUCAAUAUUAUCAUUGAAAUUUUAUUUAAUUUAUCAAUUUGUAUUACAUGAAUACUUGAUGAUUUAUUAUGAUGGUUUAGAAUGUUUUGAAUAUUCAUUGUUUUAUCCAACAAAUGAGUCUAAUUCAAUAAUUAUCAAAAAUGAUGAAAUAUUAUCAACAAGGAAACAGGUACGUUUUGCAAUGAUUAAAAACUGGUGUGUAUUGUCAGUAUCGGUGAUUUCAAUCAUAUUUGAUAUUUAUAUAUAUAUUGUAUAG